CUGCUGCGCCCCGCCCAGCCCAGCCGGCCUAUAUCCCCCCAGCCGGCUAGCUCAGUCCUUGCAGUGGUGGGCGAUGGCUGUGCAGUUCGAAGCCUUCUGUGCAGGGGGCCUGGCCCCGGGCUGGAGCCUCAUGGUCCAGGGGCAGGCUGACUCCAGCGAGGAAAGGUUUGAGAUCAACUUCUUGUCUGAGAUGGGGGACAUCGCCUUCCACGUGAAGCCCCGAUUCUCCAGUGCCACUGUGGUGGGCAAUGCCUUCCAGGGCGGCCGGUGGGGCGAGGAAGAGGUGUCCAGCGUCUUCCCGCUGGCCCUGGGGGAGCCCUUUGAGAUGGAGAUCAGCUCAGACGGGGAGCACUUCCACGUCUACGCCCAGGAGCAUAAGGUCCUGCAGUUCCCCCACCGCCAGAGGCCACUGACCGCCAUCACCAGGGUGCGGGUGCUGAGUGACCACCACCUGGCCCAGGUGGAGCUGGCCAAGCGCAGCCUGAGCUGGGGGGAAGGGAGCUACUGAGCGGAGCCUGUGCCCCAGGAUUGAGCCUUGGCUGGUCCCGUGUCCAGGGUGCCUUAAACCCACCGUGGGGAAACCCCCUCCCACACCCAGCCAGACCUUCAAUAAAAUGCAAACCAACCGCA